UAUCCACUUGUAAGCUGAUUAAGGCUGACUGAUAGUGCGCUUAGACCAACGUUUUAUUCUUUCCCUUCUCUCUUACUUUUUCCAUUUCCCCUCACUCUUUCUAUUAUUCACGACUUCUCUUUCCCUUCAUUCUCACCCUCAGUGCGCUUUUAUAUCGCAGUGGUGCGUACAAUGAUGAACUGUACGGAGGGACAAAGCGAUUCUGCUCCUGGAACUAAUUCUGCUCUUAGCUUUUCAACAAAUUAGUUCAAGAAGGCAAUUUCUAGGAGAGUCAAAUGAUCAACGCUCAAAUUUUCGGAUGCUUACUCGUAUUUUUGCCACGCGGCAGAAAUUUCAUUUUUAGCAGAUCAAUCUGGCAGAACCAUAUUCCUUCUUCACGUAUUUUUAUUUUAUUUGCAAGAAAGGAUAAUAUGAUGCGCCACUGCUUCUUGUCUUGUACGUCGAUCGCUCGAUGGAACGAGCCUAUCCCAUGACGUAUAUACGGUGUUUUUGAGGUGGGAUAAAGCUUGUAAACGGUUAUGGAUACAACCAUGGGAGAACCACAGAGUACAGGAGCACGUUGGGUUUGUCCAAAUGAUCGGCAUUUAGCAUUAAGAGCUAAAUUGCGAACAGGCUGGUCAGUGAAAACCGGAUAUUUAGACUCAAGAUGGGACAAUUAUUCUAAUGUUGGUAGUGCCAACCGUACAGAGCAAUCUUUCGUAUUAACAGAAGAAGAACGACGUACAAUCAUACAAGUGAUUCAAAGAGCGGAGGCGUUGGACUUAUCGGAGCAGAAACGCAUUGGCAGGCUGGUUGAGAGAUUGGAGGACAUGAAGCGCAACGUUCGCAUAAUCACUUCCAGCCGAUCGGACGAGCGAAAAAAUUGCGGUAGCCGAUGUUCCAACGGCUCGCACUGCGUCUGCUCCUGUGCUUUAUGUGGCGAAAAGUUUGGUGUUGUGUUAGGAGCUACACCAACCUUUUGCAAAGACUGUAGGAAAUAUGUUUGCCAAAAAUGUGGCAGAGAGGCUGGUACGUCAAAUGUACUUGCUUCUACUACCACUACAGAAGUUCUAUCUUCGACUACAUGCAACUCGUUCACAAAUGAAUCGAUACCAAAGAGGACCGCAAUACAACGAAUCGUACAGAGGACCUCGAACAAUUCGCAAAAGAUUUUUCUUUGUCGCAUUUGUGCCGAGAGCAGGGAGAUAUAAAUCGUUGGAAUCGAACGAAGCUCAGGACUCCUCAUCGGACGAGGAGGCAACAAAACGUUUGAUUGGUGCACGUAGCUGCUAUUCCUCUUCUCCGAGCUUGCAGGGUAUCCAAGACAUCAACGGUAUAUCCAAACAACAGAUCACGUCUUAUGAUGCUCAAACGCCAAAUGGAUUUUUUAAAGUUAAAAGUCGAUCAAAUGGCUAUUCGUCACCUACAGGCCAUCGAGAUGAGAAUUCUUCCACGACGACAACGAAUAGGUUGGACAAAUUUUCAAUACAUUCACAGUACAGUCGUCUCUCAUCAGCAGCAACCUUACGAACCUCUCGUACGAACGAAAAAAGUACAUGUGAUCAACGUGGCGGCAGUUCCCUCGAUGAUAAUGCGUCGACUGAGGAAAUAAGAUUAGAAGAUAACGGUGACGAGCAGUCUGAUUUCAUCGACGAUUCUCUCGGUUCUAGUGAUCAGUGUAAGAGUUCUCAGGUACAAUCAGUCAGACGAAACUCACUGUCGACUUCGCCACCAAGCACUCUGAUGGAACGGAUUUUGGAGGAGGCUUGGAUGCACGAAAAAAAUGCGGAAUACGAGGCGAAUUGCGCCAAUCAGAUGAACGAUGCGCCUAUCAGCACGUGGUACGUGCAUCACUCGUCGAGGCAACAAACAUCGGAUUAUCUCGAAAUGAUGAGAUCCAAAACGGAGGAAGGUUUUGGAACUCUGGAAAUCUCCUUGCUAUACGACCCAGUGGCUCAGUGCCUCCAGUGCAAAGUGGAACGAGCGUUGGGAUUAAAGCCUAUGGACAUCCACGAUCUCGCCGAUCCAUUUUGCAAAAUCACCAUACUGCCAGUGGGAAUGGGUACAAAUAUCAAGCCAAUAAGAACGAAAACUGUUCACAAGACACGAGAUCCUGUGUUCAACGAGACAGUGAACUUCUACGUAUCGAGAGAUGCCGAUAUGAAGAGUGGCAGAGCCUUACAUGUCAUGAUACUUCAAGACGAUCCGUGGGGAGAAGACUUUCUAGGGGAGGCGAGAUUUCCCCUGUACGAACUAGAACCGUUCCAGACGAAACACUACAAAAUCAAUCUGCAAAAUCAUUAUCCGGUGAGUCGCGAAGAAGAGGCUUGGGGUCUUCAUCGAGGCAAUCGAGGUCAAGUACAACUCACUCUAAGUUACUGUACCCGUCGACGUGCCCUGCUAGUUAUUAUUCAUCAAGCUAUGAAUCUUUUACCCAUGGACAACAACGGGUUUUCUGACCCUUUUCUAAAGCUGUGCCUUGUAGAGAAUGUGAUCGACAAUCGAUGGCAACGAAGUCACGAUCCUCUCGGGCGCAACAGCGCGAAGAAACAAUCCAGCAAGAAGUUAAUCACAGGUCGCAGCUCGUACAGCACGAGCGUCAAGUGGAAAACUCUCAACCCAGAGUGGAACGAAGAGUUCAUUUUUGGGAUUCGAUUAACAGACCUCAUGAAAGUCACGUUAUGCCUCUCUAUGUGGGACAAGGAUUUCGGCAAGCGUAAUGAUUAUCUAGGAGGGCUUGUAUUAGGAUGCAAUAGUAAAGGAGCACGAUUGCGACAUUGGGUAGAUGUUAUCAAAUUUCCCGAUUAUCAGCAUCCUGCUUGGCACAAUUUAACGGAAGUUCUUAUGCCAAUAGAGUAAUAUUUUUCAAUGGCAUAAAUAUAUGAAAUAUGUAGAAAAGUCGGAAAUACUGAUCUCAAUGUUGACAUGUUAAAGAGGCAAUAUAAGGCUAAAGUUACAUCAAUAGAUAUUGCCUAAGGAACUAAUGUCUAUACUGCACAUUAUUACUCAUAUUAAAAUAUGAAAAUAAGUAUAAGAAAGAUAAUUAUAGUCAGUUUUAUUUGUUAUUCUUACUUUUUUCUAAUUUCAAGCAUAAUAUUAAAUUAUUAUAUUAUA